AUGGGCCUACUCUCAACCACAGCAGAUGCACUGAAGAGCCGGAUUGACUCGGCCUGCAGCGACCCGGACAACGGAUUGCCUGGUGCUGCAGCUGCAGUCAUUGGAAAGGAUGGCAAAUUGCUGUUCUCUCACGCAGGUGGAAAGAGAGGACAUGGAAGCACCGAGCCAUUAGGAGCCGACAGUGUCUUUUGGAUUGCAUCCUGUACCAAGUUGAUUACUGGAAUUGCGUGCAUGCAGCUCGUGGAACAGGGGAAAUUGUCCUUGGAUGAUGCCAAUGAGAUUGAGCGCAUCUGUCCGGAGUUGGAGGAAGUCAAAGUCUUACAAGAAGAUGGCUCCUUGGUGGACAAGGCGAGGGGAAUUACGUUGAGGAUGCUAUUGACCCAUACUGCUGGCUUUGGAUAUGCCUUUAUGAAUGACAAACUUCGGGACUCGAGCCGCCCUGUUGGCUUCGACGAGUUCUCCGGGUAUUUUAAUGACUUCAAACAGCCACUGGUGCACCAGCCAGGAGAAGCUUGGGAGUAUGGUGUCAAUAUCGAUUGGGUCGGUGUGGUGAUCGAACGUAUAACCAAGAAGACAUUGAAUGAAUACUUUCACCAACACAUCUUCGAGCCACUAGGCCUGACCGAGAUCUCCAUGCUCCCGAGUCCAGCCAUGAAAGAGAAAUUGGCUUAUAUGCACCAACGCGACUCGGCCGGAAGAAUCUCUCCGCGGGAUCAUCUUCUCCGACGGCCACUAACGGUGGAAACCAAGUCCGAUGCCGAGUCCUUGUUCAAUAGUGGUGGAGCUGGAUGUUUCUCAACACCCCAAGAUUAUUGCCAAAUUUUAGCAAUUCUUCUGAAUGACGGCACUUCACCAACCACCGGAUCACAGCUUUUGAAGAAAGACACCGUAGACGAAAUGUUCCGCAACCAAAUCGCGAACCUUCCACCCCUGUCUGAAAAGUACAUUCCCAACGCAAAGCCUGACCUGACAAACUCUGGCACUGGGCUUCACCCAACUGUCGCCGGUGACCGUCAGGGUUGGGGACUGACCUUCCUGCUAACUGGGGGCUUGACGGGUCGUUCUGUGACAACUGCCCAAUGGUCUGGUCUCCCUAACCUCUACUGGUGGUGUGAUCGUGAAAAUGGGUUGGCUGGUUUUGUCUGUGCCCAGAUUCUGCCAUUUGGUGAUGCCAAAGUCUUCCAGCUGUAUCAGGACAUCGAGGCGGGUGUGUAUAAAGAUCUUGCAUCGGCUUAA